AUGUACGCCCCUCGGAGUACUCAGUACACUCUGAACGUCGUCUAUGACCAGACCAACUUCUUUUCCAGCUUCGACUUCUUCAGCGAGGCCGAUCCCACACACGGCUUCGUCCAAUACGUCGAUGCCCAGACGGCCAACUCCCUGGGCCUCGCCGGAACCUCUUCGGGAGGCAUCUUCAUGGGCACCGACUCCACGACGCAAAACCCGCCCGGCGGCCGCAAGUCAGUCCGCGUGACUUCGCAGCAACAGUUCACCCACGGCCUCUUCGUUGCCGACAUCGCCCACAUGCCGGGCAGCAUCUGCGGAGUCUGGCCUGCCUUUUGGAUGGUCGGCCCCGACUGGCCGAACUCGGGCGAAAUCGACAUCAUCGAGGGCUUCAGCACGCAGACGACCAACUCAAUCACCCUCCACACGUCCGCAGGCCUCACCGUCAACAACGAGGGAUCCGACCCGUCCACCAGCCUGCUGGGGAGCGACUGUGGCCCCAGCAGCACCAACGCCGGAUGCGGCCAGAAGACAACGGACAACCAGAACUACGGCGAUGGCUUCAAUGCCAUCGGCGGAGGCGUCUAUGCCACCGAGUGGACGUCCGACCACAUUGCCGUCUGGUUCUUCCCGCGAACAAACAUCCCCGCCGACGUCAAGUCCAGCGCACCGAACCCCGACAACUGGGGCGCUCCACUGGCCAAGUUCUCCGGCGGCAACAUCGACGGCUUCUUCAAGAACAACCAGAUUGUCUUCAACACGGCCUUGUGCGGCGACCUGGCUGGCAAUCUAUGGACGUCGGACCCGGAGUGUUCCGCCUUGGCGCCUACGUGCGAAGACUAUGUUGCCAACAAUGCGGCGGCCUUUGAGGAGGCUUUCUGGAUUGUCAACUCGGUCAGCGUUUACAAUCAGGCUCAAUAA